AACACUGACAGUAAAAAUGCAACCAGGGAAUGUAAAAGAAGAAAACAAGAUAACAGAACAAUAUGGUUUAAAGUCCAAUAUCAAUUACUGUAACAUAGUUUAGAUAAAAAAUUAUAGAUAAAAGAAAAAAAGAAAAAACCAAAACCAAUCGUAUAUUUAUAUAACAUUUGUGUAACGUGUGCAACAUUUUACUUUGAACUUAAGUUUUUUUUUUCACAAAACACUGUCUGAGCGAGUCAUUCUCUUAACGAAACUAUAAUAAGCGCACAGUAAUCAUUAUUUAUAUUUCUCUCAAACAAUGACUCUAAAAUUAUAUUAUGAUUUGUUCUCACAACCUUCAAGAGCAUUGUACAUAUUUUUCAAAAUGUGUAAUAUACCAUUUGAAGAACAAAUUGUAAAUUUAACAAAAUUGGAACAAUAUACUCCAAAAUUUGAAGCAAUCAAUUCAUUCAAGAAAGUUCCUGUUAUAGAGCAUAAUGGCUUUAAACUUAUUGAAAGUGUAGCAAUUGUGCGUUAUAUAUGCAGAGAAUUUAAAGUAGACGAUAAAUGGUAUCCACAAGAUUCAAAGCAUCAGGCAAAAGUUGACGAAUAUCUCGAGUGGCAACAUCUUAACACAAGACUUUUUUGCGCAACAUAUUUUUUGACAAAGUUUCUUAAUCCGCUAAUGCGGGGCACACCGCCUAAACCGGAAAAAGUAGCUGAAGCCGAAAAACGUAUGAACGAUUGCCUCGAUAUUAUCGAAACGAUAUGGUUAAAAGACAAACCAUAUUUAGUAGGAAAUACAAUUAGUGUGGCUGAUAUAUUUGGUGUUUGUGAAUUGGAACAAACACGUCUAGCUGGAUAUGAUCCAAAAAAAGAAAGACCGCAUUUAACUGCGUGGAUGGAAAGAAUUGCUAGAGAAACAAGUCCUCAUUAUGAAAACGCUCAUAAAUAUUUAAAUAAAUUAGCUAAAGCUGAUUCAACACAGCAAUUCGGUGUUAAGCUUUAAUUUUUGCUCAUGUAGAGCAACAUUCGAAAUAUACUGUUUGUGUUUAUAGGCAGAUAAAAAUAGUUUUGAUGGUGUUGAUAUUUUUAAUCUUAUAGAAUGUA